AUGGCCACUGAAGAAACACUAGCUGAGAUAGAAGCAAGGCUUCGUGUUGAAAUGGAAGCGAGGCUUCGUGCUGAGAUCACUGCUCAAGUUGCUGCCCAGAAUGAAAGAGAUAGGCAACUUCGAGAAGAGCAGGAGGCUCAAAGGGACACUGCUGAAGAAUGGUUGAGAACACAACCAUUGAGAAGUAUUACUUCUUGGGAUGAUUUAGCUGAAAAACUUACAGCUAUGUUCUUUCCCUACAACCGCAUAAGGAAGUUGAAGCAAGAAAUCAAUUCCUUCAUCCAGCUGGACUCCGAGAAUCUCUAUGAGACAUGGGAGAGAUUCAAAAGACUUCUGAUGAAAUGCCCAGGCCACAACAUCUCCUCUGCUGACCAAGUGGAGAAGUUCUAUGCAGCUCUCAAUGACUACACUAGAGACAAGCAGAACCAGAAGGGAGUUUAUGAGGUUGAGACUCUUGAUGCAGUUCUUGCAUCCAACAAAAAGCUUGCACAGAAGGUAGAUGCCAUGGUAAAAAGGCUCGAAGGUGGGCAAAGAAGUGCUGAGGAUGUUGAAUUCGAUGAAGAGGUUGGAGAAAUCAUCCUAACUUCUCCUGGAGGGACCAAAACUGUAACGCCCCGAAUUUCGGGUUACAAAAACAACACAGGAGAAGCUAGUGGUUCAAAGCAAUUUCCAAAUCAGAGGCAAUACCAGCUGAAUCAAAGGCCUCCACCACCUCAAAAUCAGGGGAAUGGUAAGAAGAGUUUGGAGGAGAUUGUCGCUGAUUUGGCUCUUACUAAUCAGAGUUUCAUGAAUGAGACCAGGGGUUUCAUGAAUGAAACUAGAACCAGCUUGAAGAAUCAUGAGUCCCCCAUAAACAAUUUGGAGACUCAAGUUGGCCAAAUUGCCAAGGCCAUUGCUGAAAGGUUCCCAAGUACGUUUCCUAGUGACACUCUUGUUAAUCCUAAAGACUCUAAAUCUGAAAAUUGUUCUGCUGUCACUCUUAGGAGUGGAAAAACUUUGAAUGAAAUUGAGUAG